UUUUUCUGGCUGCAGCUUAAAGGGCACUUUCUGUUUGUGGAGCAAAGCCUACCACACUAUCAAAAUAUGUAACUGAAGGAUUACAGUAUGACUACCUGUGAUUUUAUUUCUAUAUUCCUGCCUUAAGAAGCAAUGAGUAAAUCUUUUAAGCUAUGUCGAAAGAUUUCUUUUCCAAGAGGCAAUAUAUUCUGCAAUCUCAUUGACAAAAUUGUUAAGAGACCCUCCUUGCAGUUUUUGGGUCAGUGGGGCUAUCACUGCUAUGAACCUAGGAUUUACAGAACAUUGGCAAAAAUUCUGAGGUAUGUCGACUUGGAUGGGUUUGACAUACUACUCACAGAUUAUAUUGCAUUUGUGGAAAAGUCAGGAUACCGUUUUGAACUAAAUUUUAAUCUUGAAUUUACUGAAAUUUGUGUGAAUACAAUUCUGUACUGGGUUUUUGCCAGAAAAGGUAAUCCUGACUUUGUGGAAUUGCUUCUCAAGAAGACAAAAGACUAUGUUCAAGACAGAAGUUGUAACCUGGCAUUGAUAUGGAGAACUUUCACACCAGUAUAUUGUCCAAGCCCAUUAAGUGGCAUCACACCUCUACUUUAUGUGGCUCAGACAAGACAAUCUAAUAUCUUAAAAAUACUCCUGCAAUAUGGAAUUUUAGAGAGAGAAAAAAAUCCUAUUAACAUUGUCUUAACAAUAUUGCUCUACCCUUCGAGAGUGAGAAUAAUGGUUGAUCAUGAAUUGAUUGACAUCCAGGAAGAUGCCAAAACAUGUUUAGUGCUAUGUUCCAGAGUACUUUCUACCAUUUCAAUCAGGGAAAUAGAGACGCAGCUGAGUUUAGGAAGACGUCCAAUUAUUUCAAAUUGGUUGGAAUACAUUCCCUCAACAAGAUACGAGGACCCAUGUGAACUACUACAUCUUUGCAGAAUAACCAUCAGGACUCAACUAUUGAACAACAAUGUGCUCCCAAAUGGAAUAUUUUCACUUCUAAUUCCUGUUCGUCUACAGAACUACCUGAAUUUAGAAAGCUAAUAUGCAUCUUUACAAGUACUUUAAAGAUGCUCAUCAUUUACAGCUUAAAAGUUAAUAAACUAUUAACCUCAUGUAA